AUGGGCCAGAUUGGGAAGGGCGGUACGAGGGUGAGACUUGGCGUUGGUGUUUUGGAACAUCAAAGAUGGACAGGGUUUUCGCGGAGGUCGCUCCUCGGAUAUCUCCACAACUACAGGUCGGGGGUCUUCCAAAAUCGAGAAGAUUGGUGCAUAUGGCUAGGUCACUUCACCUUACAAUUUGUAUGGCACUCUGGCCCGGGGUUGUGGUGUGGUAGGGGAGAACGGGGGAUAAUCCCACACAGGAGCUUCGAACAACGUCCGGUUCACGUUUGGCUGGAUAACUCCACCACCACACGGGGUAUGCGGUCGGCGAUGGGGUCAAAAUGCUCGUAUGAUCGAGGGCUUUUCGAUGGAUCUAUCGGCGGGUUCUUAUUCGAAAAAUCGAGCGAGUUCGUGGUGGAGCGGUUGUAUAACAUAUCAUCCACUCUGAAGCUUUAUUAUGUAUAA